AGGGAGGUGGUGGUGGUGGGGGACGACGGCUGGGCUUCAGCCUCUUGCCGAGUCUUGCUUCAAAAAGCACGUGGAAGUCGCACUCGAGAACACGACUGCUGCCUCCUGGAAGCACACAAACCCAUUUUGCAGAGCGCGGCGGCUCGGGAGUCGGCAAGCACGCGCGCGCGCUCUUCUUUCUCUCUCUCUCUCUCUCUCUCACACACACACACACUCCUCUCCCUCCCUCUCUCUCUCUCUCUUUCUUUCUCUCUCUCUCACACACACACACACACCGGCAGGAGAAGGGGGGAACGGUGGGGAGGAUUCCCCCGUCGCGCACAACCGGCUCGCUACCCAUCGCCCCCUUUCUAGUUAUUUAUUUAUUUAUUUUUUCUGCUCGGUUUGGGAAGAGCCCGGAGCUUCCCACCAAAGCGAGCGAGCGAAGCCAACGCGCAACUCUUCGUUGCCUUCCUCGAGGCGAUUCCCUACCUCUUUUUAUUUAUAUAUAUAUAUAUAUUUGGGCCACCCCGAGAACCAGCUUUGCGCUAAUAACGGGAGGGGGGGGAACGUCGGAAAGAGAAAAGCGAGACCCAGCAUGGAUAACAAUUCCGGUGGCGUGAUCCUCUAUGUGGGUUCAACAGCUGGCUCCAGCCCCACUCCAGGCAGCCCUCCCAGUGGAUACUUGGUGUCUUCACCCCAACACUCGCUGCCAUCCUCGUUAGAAGAGCUGACCCUCACUGAGAUUGGAGCCAUCAAGCCACAGCAGGCCAGCUCCCCCUCUUCACCCAAGGUAGCCUUCCAGUUUCCUGAAGGGAUCUGCUACCCCAGCAAGGGCCAGCUCCCCCCAACACCAAAUAAGGUGCCUGCCAACAAGCAGAAUGGAGCUACCAGCACUUUCACAAAGACUGGUGGGAUGGUGUUGCUUUGCAAAGUUUGUGGAGACAUUGCUUCAGGCUUCCACUAUGGGGUUCAUGCUUGUGAAGGAUGUAAGGGUUUUUUCCGCCGGAGCAUCCAGCAGAACAUCAACUACAAGAUGUGCGUGAAGAACGAAAACUGCAUGAUCAUGCGUAUGAAUCGCAACCGCUGCCAGCAUUGCCGCUUCAAGAAAUGCCUGGCGGUGGGGAUGUCAAGAGAUGCUGUGCGUUUUGGGCGCAUCCCUAAGCGAGAGAAGCAGCGCCUGUUGGAUGAGAUGCAGAGCUACAUGAACAGCCUGAAUGAGGUCCCCAUGGAUGUGGGCCUGAGCUCUGAGGCAGAUGCUCCACCCAGCCCUAACACCCAGGAAGAGGAGGCUAUAAAUGCCAUCUCCAGGGCUUACCAUGACAUCUUCCUCAGUGGGCAGGACCGUCUGGGCAGGCGUAGUAGCUCCCCAGGGGCUGAGGCUGCCCCUUUGACCAACUACAACGAACAGGCGCAGCUGAAUCCUUCCCUGGGCUAUGGGCAAUACGAAUCAGCCACUCUUCGCCUCUCCAGCUACAGCCCUCAAGAACCAUCCUGUUACGUUGACAACAGUCCCUCAUGCUAUGGCAAUGAGAUCUUCCAGACCCAGCAGGCCAAUUAUCUGCAAAAUGCUGGAUGCUACCCAUCCUUUGAUUUUGGCUAUUCUGAGGGAAAUGCCCAGAGGAGCUGUCCAUGGCGGGGAACCACCAGAAGAGGCAUUGCUUGUCCUCUGAAUGCCACCCCUUAUUGUGGCAGUGGCAAGAGCAGUCAGCAAGUGUGGGAAGAGUUCUUACAAUGCUUCACACCAGCUGUCAAGGAGGUGGUCGAGUUUGCCAAGAGCAUCCCGGGCUUCCAGUCGCUCUGCCAGCAGGAUCAAGUCAUGCUCCUCAAAGCGGGCACUUUCCAGGUGCUGAUGGUGCGCUUCUCCACCCUCUUCAGUCCCAAGGAGAAGAAAGUAACAUUUCUGAGUGGGGAAACAUAUUCACUCGGCAGUCUGCGUUCCAUGGGCAUGGGCUCUCUGCUGGAUGCCAUGUUUGAGUUCAGCGAGAAGCUCAGUUCCUUGAGCUUAGAUGCACAGGAGAUGGCCCUCUUCAUGGCUGUGGUCCUUGUCUCAGCAGAUCGGUCUGGGAUCUCCGAUGUGGAUGCUGUUGAAAUUCUUCAGGAGACUUUAAUCCGGGCCUUGAGAACUCUAGUAACCAAGAAGCACCCGGAUGAUUCCACGCUUUUUCCCAAGCUGCUUCUCCGUCUCCCCGACUUGAGAACUCUCAACAAGCAGCAUUCAGAGAAACCUCUUGCCUUCUGGAUCAACCCUUAAUUCCAGCACAUCGAUCUCAUAAGCCCCUAAGACUUUAGGAAAGAAAGAAAGAAAGAGAGAAAGAGAGAAAGAAAGAAAGAAAGAAAGAAAGAAAGAAAGAAAGAAAGAAAGAAAGAAAGAAAGAAAGAAAGAAAGAAAAAAAAUCCACCAUCAAGUAAAUUUACUGCAGCGGACUAAAUGUUGCUCUUUGGGAAAUGACCGUAAUGAUGAAAUGAGAGGUGUAGAAAGGACAAGACAAAGGCAGGAAGCCCACGGCCCCUGGCAGCUUGUUGGAGUAGAUCCAGUGAGGAGAGAGAUGGGAUAAAGGAGGAAGGAUGCAUUUCCCAGAUAGCGCUCUCCACAGCACAAUGCAGACUGAAGAUCAUUUACGUGCCAAGGGAGAUCAGGCAAACAAACUGGACACAUCUGUUGUUUCUAAACGGGUGUGGGUGUGUAUACACACGCAUGCAUAUAUUCACACGUAUAUUUCCAUACAGUGUUGUUUUGAGGCUCUACCCUGUAUAUAAAAAAAGCACCAGCUUCAUUGUACAUAACAGUAAUCCUUGGUAGCUCUUGAGGGUGGGGCAAAGGUAGGACCACCUGGUAAGGCAGUUAUUUCCAAACCUAGCUUCCUUAAUCGGCACGCUAGUGUAGCCCCAAACUCAAUUUUUUUUUCUUUUCCUUUGCUAGCCUCUGUUUCUUUGCUGCUGUUCGCAGAAAGUGUGUACACAGAAACACACACAUACGAAAGAGAUUUUAUUAAGUAGAUGGUCUCAUCAAACAGGAAAUAGAACUACUCAAGUUUUCCACCUCCACCCCCGUCUCAUCUCGGCAACCGAUUAAGCAAAGCCCCGAUUCUCUCUCAUCUUGUCAGGUAUGAGUGCCUAGGUAAUACAUAUUUCAUAAAGAUCUCAAACAAAAAUACAAAAGGUCUACCACCAGUUUGUGGCAGAUUGGCUGUCCGUUCUCGGUUGCAUCUACAGCGAAUUAAAGAGAGGUCAUAAGAGGAGGAAAGCUAAGGAGAUCCUGUCAGAUGAUCAGAAGUCUAGUUUCUCAGCAAGUGAUAGGAACUUGAUUGUAGUUGGAUGAUUCAAAAGAGCCACAGGCAGUCCUUGACUUCACAAUAGUUUAGUGACCGAAGUUAGAACGGCACUGAAAAAAAGUGACUUAUGACCAUGUUUCACACGAUGUUGCAACGUCCCCAUGGUCACAUGAUCCAAAUCCAGAUGUUUGGCAAUUGAUUUAUAUUUAUGAUGAUUGCAGUGUUCUCGGGUCCUGUAAUCACCUUUUGCGACCUUUUGACACGCCAAGUCAAUGGGGAAGCCAGAGUCCCUUAACAAACGUGACUAAUUUAACAACCGUAGCCAGAAAGGUUCGUAAAAUGGGCCAAAACUCACUUAACAAAUGUCUCACUUAACAGCAGAAAUUUGGGGCUCAAUCCUGGUCGCAAAUUGAGGACUGCUUCUAUUGAAAGAGAUUUGGAUUAGCCAGUCUUCCUUCCAUCUCUAUAAGGUUCAGCCCUAAGGAAGGGGCUAAGCAGAGCAAACACUCCGAAGACUUUUCUGCUCAGCUUUUCGGUUUACUUCUGGGCUUUGGUGCUUUUCUAUCUGUUCUCCUUAAAGGAUGAAGUUUGAGAUAUUUCAUCCUAGAAACCCUUGGCCUCUCAUUUUAAUUCCAAAUCCCAUUCCUUUUUAAGGAGGGGGCCAAGAAUCCCAAGCCCUCCCCAAGCUGCCUUUCUUAUUCUAUCCAGCACCGUCUUUUAUUAUAGAUUUCCCAUAUAAACCCAGAGAUUUUUGACUAAUUCACCCACUCAUCAGUAGACUGCCUUCCUUGGGGAGUGGUGUGUUCUUUGCACUUUAUAUUAUUUUUCUUUUAAGCAACCAGAUUCUGUGCCAAGCAAUGUGUAAAUUAUGACCUGAGUAAAUUAUUCAACUUAAACAGAUGCCGUAUUUGUUUAUUUUGCAUAAUUUAUUCUGCUUCCACUAGUCAUGGACAGUGAAGGUGAAGGUGGCACUGGAAGCUAUGUUGAAUACUGAAGUUUCAUCCUUCGAUCUCUUAAAAAUUCUAUGGUUUUUCUGGAUUUCUGAGACUGUACAUCACAAUGGCACAUCAGUGUCUCAUGCAAUAUGUAUAUGGUUUGGAGCACCAAAGGGUCACAUGGGUGUGUAGAUUCAAUUGCACUCUCUGGGUUUGUUUUUAUUACUAUUUAUGCCCGAUUGUGACACAGCAUUGGAGAAAUGGCUCUGAUGUGUAUUUGGGGCUUUGGAGUUUGCUGAAGCUCAACUUUGAAAGAAUAGAAAACUUAUUUUCCUGCGACAAAUAAAAAACAGAAUGAAAGUGGAGACAUUCAGGAUGCUAACUUCCUUAACCCCCAGUUCUGUGCUCAGAACAAGAUGGAACUGCAGAUGCACGGAUUUAAUAGACUUGAGAGCUCUAGCCCUUGAGAACCUAGGAACUAUUUUUCCCCAUAUCGAAAUACAAAUUCAAAAGAAGAAACCGACCCGUUGGGAUAUUUUUAAAAGACUUGGAGAUGACCAAAAAAAAAAAAGGGGGGGGAUACUGGACUCCCUCUUCUCUCCAGUAGGAUCUCCCAGUGUCCCUGUCUGGUUGUGGUCAGCCCUGCCAGGUUCUCUACAUUGAUAUAUGACAGGUUUUCCAUCCCAUUUACAGGAGUUCUCAUAGCAUGUUUGAAUCACCCUCCUGUUGCAUGAUGUGGGGAAUAUUUGGUGUUCUUUGCAGGGUGGGAGGGACACUUGCUGCUGCUGUUCAACACUGCUUUGAAAUGAAACCAAACGUUGCACUUUUUCUUAGAGAUGUAUGUAGGAACAAAGAGUCCCCUCCCUAAAUUGAAGUAUAUUUGCUGCAAUGGGAAAAUGGAGAGGGGUUUAUUUGCUGCUGCUGCUGCUGCUGCUACUGCUACUGCUGGGAGUCCAAAAGACUCGUUAAAGAUGCUGGCAAGGCAGAGAAAAGAGAGAAUUUAUUUUUUGUCUAAAAUUGAAGUGCAAUAAAUACAUGAAAAAGAUAAAUAAAAUAAAUAUUUGCUAACA